AUGCCACGCGCCGCCCGCCACCUGGCCGAGGCCGCUGUAUAUGCAUUGUUAUUUGUGUCUGCCGUGUUUGGUGAAGAGGGAGAGGUGAAUCAAAUACAGAGACAGCACUGGGAGAUUUACUUUGUGUGGGUUAAUUGUUGCUCUCAGUGGCUCUCAAAUGCAGUGGGGCUUAAAAACGAUGUUGUGAAAAUUAACAGGAUUACUACAUUAUCAACAGGAGAGACUCUUGAGAACCAGGCUAAUCAUCCCUGUGGGUGGCCUUGGAAAACAGCCGUGGUGAGAGCAGAGCGUUUCAGAAUACAAGCCUUUGCUGCGCCGUGUCCCGCGUGCAUCGAUGCCUCUGGGUUGGUGACCUCUGGCACCUCCCUCAUCCCGAGCCAAGCUGGGGACAUCCCGCUGCAGGUGGAGGCUCCGCUGCAGCUGGACUGUGGUGUGGAGGGACUCUACCGCCACUGUUACUGGGAGACCCAUGACGGCCGCCUCUUCCAGGUGGAGGACGUACACGCAGGCCGGCACGCGGGCCUCGGAGCGCCGCACAAUCUCACCCACAACCAGUGCGGCAUUGUGGUGGAAAACAGCAGCGCUGCGGACGCCGGGAAAUGGUCCUGCCACGUACUGCUGGAAGGAGAGGCGCUAAAGGGCGUGAGGACGGUUACUAGAGCGUGCACGCCGCCCUUUGAGUCUGUGGGCACCAGAUGUUUCUACUUCAGUGAGCUGAUCACCAAGGACUGGGCAGCAGCCCGCACCUUCUGUAAGAGUCUGUCCCCGACGGCUGACCUCGCCGUGCUGGACGAGUGUCACCUCUUCCAGCAAGUAUGGGGCCACGUCCUCGUUAACUAUGACCCAAGUGUUCACUGGAUUGGAGCCACUGACGAACAUGUAGAUGGAGAGUUCUACUGGGUGGAUGGAACCUCCAUGGCUCUGGGGUCCCCCUUCUGGUAUCCCAACUACCCUAGAGAAGAGCACUGCGUGGCGAUGUCCACCCCUUAUGGUUACUACGCGGACCAAAACUGCAACACACAGUAUCACUUUCUGUGCCAGAUGCUGUGAGGCUGGGUUGAGAUACGGAAGAGCAAUAUAACUUGAACCAUUA